AUCGGUGUUGAUCAUCAGCUGAACAACCAUCACCAAAGGCAUCGCAGGUCGGCCGGACGGGAAAACAAACCAUGUAUUAGAUCCCCGAAUCGGCCAGUGCGAUCAGCAAUGUUCAUGGCCACGUGCGGCUCUCUGGUUGUUCUCCUCUUGACGCUUCCCGAAGUUUCUACACAAGUGUCGGUGAUGAUGCAGCAAAACGUUUCGACGGUAGGGGGAGCUUGUGCCGAGAUCGAUUGUUCCUUUCGCGUUCCCGACUUUCCCAGCUUUCCCAGCAGACUGCGGGCACAGUGGGUGACGACCAGCUCUAGAAAUACCCGGCUUGAAGCCGUCUUUGACUAUAAUUUCAGUAGUCGCACGUCUGACCGUCGCAGCUCGAUCGACCGAGCGGAUUUCUGGGGCAAACCUGAAAAGGGAGACUGUUCUCUGCGAAUAAAUGAUGCCAGGAAGAGUGACGAGGGUUCAUAUAUAUUCACAGUAGAUAUCUACACCACCUCCCCCAUUACGACCCAUCGCACCGGAAGCUCACAAUCCUUUCUCACAGUUUGGGAAAAACCCCGGAUCUCGGUUGGUGAGGGUCUGAUCGCCGGACAAAGGGCGCGUUUGAUCUGCUCCAUUCCUGACAGCUGUUCCGGAGACAGACUGGAAUUAAAGUGGAUUGUUUCAGAUAACGUGGUUCCGGCGCAGGACAGGAAAGCGGAAGGGGAGGUUGUCAGUGAAGGUCCUGGCGCUCGGAUGCAAAGGUCGGCGCUCACAUUCACUCCCUCACCCGCUCAUCACCGGGAAUCCCUGGGAUGCGCUGUUUUAGCGAAGGGCGUCCAAAAAGCCAAGGAAACUAUCACCAUGGACGUUCAACAACUUCCUGAGAAACCGACCGUCAAUCGGUCAGUGGUCGCGAUGGAGGGCAGCUCCCUCUCACUGAAUUGCAGAAGCUGGGAGACAAAUCCCGUCACCUUACGUUGGGUGAGGAAUGGAGAGGACAUCGGCGCAUCUUCCACCGGAGAACUGGCAGUGCUUCUCCGUGACGUUACAUCAGUAGAUGAGGGGGAAUACUGGUGUUCGGCUGGAAACGACGUGGGCGUCUCCAACAGCUCCACCAGCGUCUCCGUUCAGUACAGACCCAAAACUGAAAUGGCGUGCACCAGCGCUGGGACCGUGACUAACUGUGUUUGCAAGGUCAGAGCCAAUCCUCCGGCCAACGUUUCAUGGAGCAUCGAUGGGGAAGCCCUGGCGGAGCUCAGGUCGGAGGAUGUGGUCGUGGCCCGGGAGACGGACGGGAACGUGAUACAGAGCUCGAUGAAGCUGACCCGUGCGGAAAGAAUGGGAAAUGUGAUUUCAUGUUCUGCAGGGAAUACCCACGGUUACCGCGCCUCCGAAUACCCACUCCGUUCUGAGGGAACAGACGCCCGGACGAUCUACUCGACAGCAGGCGGGGUGGGAGCCGGCCUUGUCAUUCUGAUUGUCGUCCUGCGGACAAUUGCAGUGUGCCGGAAGCAACGACGAAAAGCUGCUGCUGUUUCCGAGCUUUCUGUCGUCUACAGUACUGUGACGCCUUCAAUAAAUUUCGUGGGAGUCGCCCAGGAAUCUCGUGGCGUUGGCGACUCGCAGCCGACUCAAAGAGACGAGAUCGUCUAUGCUGAUAUCAACUUCCAGAAAUGAAAUGUACAGCAACUGCUUUGGACUGAAGUAUCGCAUGGGUGAGAAUGGAGCCCAUGGAACGUCAAACGGUAGAGCAAAGGAGCCCCUCCUUCAGAACUGACGGAGCUAAUGACGCCUGAUCUCUUCUGUCCUGUCAUUGGUCGGAACCACCGUCUCUCAUUUGCAUAUCUAACAGCAUUCCAAGCGUCUGUGUCAUAUUUACUCCACAACAGAGCGUCCAGACACCCACCACUCUCUGUGUGAAAACACCCGACCAGCACAUCUCCUUUGAGGUUUCCAUUUUUGCAUUAAAAGUGUUUCCUUUCGCCUCAGACAUUUCCACCAUGGGGAAAAGAUGCCGGUUUUCAGUCGAUGCCUCUCGUGAUUCUAUAAAAGUUUAUCUGUCACAUCUG